CCAACCGUUGAUAACAUCACCAUCAGCCCAUCGCCUUUGAUAUAUUCCCUAUUCUUUCCCUCUCUUUUAGCUUUCUCUUCUCCAUUUCCAAAUCUUCCAUUUUUCUUUUCCAGGAUAAUAGUUUCCUUCCUACAUUCUUGCAUUUUCAGCAGUUUUUUUCUCAAUUGGGUGUUUAAAAAACCCAUCUUUGGGUAUGUUUGGAUAGUGAGAAAAAUCAUAGAAUGCCAGUAUCAACAAGGUCUCAGAUCAGCAGCACCCAAGAUGAGCAGCAAAGAAGUAGAAGCAGAAGAUCAAAUGAAGAAACAGAAGAAGAAACCCAGAUGAGCAAUGUUACUAACAAUUUCACAUUCAGGAAUCCACAUCAUGGGUUGAAGGAGAAAAUGAGAGCUUUAACUCUUUUAUAUGAGCAACAAAAGAAAGCUUCUGCCAUUGUUAGGAACAAUAAUAUUAGUAACCCAUCAUCAUCCCCAAAGCCUGAUCAAGAGAAGCGUUCUACAUCUCACCCAAGCGCUGAUCUUCUCACUUCUUGCCAAAGACAAGAGCAAAAGGAUCCCAAAUUCAACAAUGUUAUGAGGGAAAACACUGUGCCACUAUUGCCUACGAUGGCUAACCCUACAGUGAGUAAAACUUUCGUGUUGCCUGAACCACCUUUGGAUGAUGGAAAGGAGAAUCUUUUGAUUGGUACUGAUAAGAUUAUUGGGUUUCCUUCUUGUGCAAGAAAGGCGGAGACGGCAAAGACUACGGUGGUGAGGAAGCUGUCAAUGGUGGGGACUAGGAAUGUUCAAGAACAGGAGAAAAUGGAGACCUAUGCCAAGACAGAGAAAAAUGGGAGAAUUGGUGGAGAUGAAAGUAGGAUCCAUGUGUUUGUGAGGCUUAGGCCUAUGGCUAAGAAAGAAAAGGAAGCUGGUUCAAGAUGCUGUGUCAAGAUCGUGAACAAGAAAGAUGUUUACUUGACUGAGUUUGCUAAUGAAAAUGAUUAUCUUAGACUGAAGAGGCUUAAAGGUAGACAUUUUAGUUUUGAUGCUUCAUUCCCAGAUUCCACUACUCAACAUGAAGUUUAUACAACCACGACAGCAGAGCUUGUGGAAGAAGUUCUGCAGGGACGGAAUGGCUCGGUGUUCUGCUAUGGCGCGACAGGAGCUGGUAAAACUUAUACAAUGCUAGGCACCUUAGAAAAUCCAGGGGUGAUGGUUUUGGCAAUAAAAGAUCUGUUUACAAGUAUUAGGCAAAGGAGCUUUGAUGGAAACCAUGUAGUUCAACUCUCCUAUCUCGAGGUCUACAACGAAACCGUUCGGGAUUUACUCUCACCCGGAAGACCUCUAGUCCUUAGAGAAGAUAAGCAGGGAAUUGUUGCAGCCGGUAUUACACAAUACAGGGCUUAUUCCACGGAUGAAGUGAUGGCAUUGCUUCAAAGAGGAAACCAAAACCGAACCACCGAACCAACUCGGGCGAAUGAAACAUCUUCACGGUCCCAUGCAAUUCUUCAGGUUGUAGUUGAAUAUAGAGUCAAAGAUGCUUCAAUGAAUAUCGUUAAUAGAGUUGGAAAGCUCUCACUCAUAGAUCUUGCCGGUUCUGAAAGAGCCCUUGCGACGGAUCAGAGAACACUUAGAUCAUUGGAGGGAGCAAACAUUAACCGGUCACUUCUAGCUCUGAGCAGCUGCAUCAAUGCCCUCGUUGAGGGUAAGAAACACAUACCGUACAGAAACUCGAAACUCACUCAACUCUUGAAAGACUCGUUAGGUGGAGCUUGUAACACUGUAAUGAUUGCUAAUAUCAGUCCUAGCAAUCUCUCAUUUGGUGAAACACAAAAUACCCUGCACUGGGCUUACCGGGCAAAGGAAAUCCGAACCAAGACAAGUGACACAAAUGAGGAGGUAAUUCAAGUAUCCGAAACCGGAACUGAUCAGGCAAAGCUUUUGCUUGAACUGCAGAAGGAAAAUCGCGAAUUGCGAGUACAACUGACAUGCCAACAGCAAAAGUUGCUAACCCUUCAAGCACAAUCUUUAGCUGCAAAUGCUUCACCUCCAACCCCCUCUUCGGUUAUGUCUCUCGAAACUCCAUCUACAGCCCAGCCAAAAGAGAAAAGCAAACCUAGAUCCACCUUCUUAACCAGAACCUGUUUCACACCAGAAUCCAAAAAGAGGGGACCAGAAGAAGCGGUAGUUAAAGAGCUUAGACUGACUGUAAAGGCUUUGGAACUAGAAAUGGCAAGAAUGAAGAAAGACCAUGCCACACAGUUAAAGCAGAAAGAUGAUAUUAUUCGCGAGCUUUCAAGAAAGAAUGAAAAAACAUCAGAAGUGGGUGUGAAGAAGGGUGUCACAAGAGCUAGCUUGCGGCCGAAGGAACCAAACCCUGGGGAAUUGAAGAGCCCAAGUCAUCGCUUUCAAUCACCAGUUCCGACAGCCAAAAAAAGAAGUUUCUGGGAUAUAACAACAGCUAACAGCCCUUCAGUCACUACACUCAAUGGAAGAAAAACUAGAAGCCAUGUCAUUUCAGAACCUGUUGCAGCUCCCUCUAUGCUACCUCAGCCGGGAUUUGCUCGACAGAGACCUGAUGUUCACAAGUAACGACGAAGAGAAAGAAACAGAAAAGGAAAUUGUGGUUUGACAGUGUAGCAUUGUCAAACCUUCCCAUUUCAUUCUCUACACAAACUGAUUGCUCAACAAUGAAGCACAAGUUAUUGCUUGCUAAGUGGUGUAUUGAUUUUUUACUAAAUAUGUCCCCCUUUUUUUUUCCUCAUUUGAUUUCUUCUCAUUAAGGUCACCAACAAUUACUCCAUUGAUGUGUUUAUUUUUUUCAAGUUGAAGCUCUUGGAGCAUUUGGAGACCCAAAUAUUCAUGUAUAUUUAAGUUGUUUUUAUUCAUAAUUUUUAAAAAUUGACUAA